AUGGAGCCACAGUCUAUUGAAUGCAAGUGUUGUUUAUGCCAGAAGCGCACAUUCUUUAUGACACCUUUCCCAAAGGUGAAGACAACUCGACUUGUUAUCAUGAUUCUCCAGGCGCUCAAGCAGUUGAAACCGGAUGUUGUUUUUUUCUCUCUCAUUAAGGACAUCAUCCCAUUUGUUACUCAGCAUAUGACCCUGCUUGCCAAUUUGAAAAUCUUCAAGACCGGAAAGUGGAGGAAGUCUCUCCUUGACGCGCUGAAUCACUCAUCACAUGUCGAGUCUGGGAAAGAGGCUUGUCACAACAGAGGAUUCUACCGUCUUAAAGAUACUGUUGAGGCUCAAACCUCAAAUUCUAUCGAGUCUGCCUCGACUGAAGUUGUCCAACAGAACCCACAGACGGUUAGCAUUUCGCUCCUCGAUUCUUUGACGGAGCUUCAACUUCAAAUGGUUAACACAGUCAAUCUCCUUGCAGUGCUUCCCAAACCAACAGAAGAUGAUCAAAACGCGUACCAAUUCUUUGCCAAUUGCAUCAACCAACUAAACUUUGGCCGAGCCUAUGUUGUUGCAUUAUCUAAUUGUAUUUUUAUUUAA